AUGCAAAACACAGAAGCUAUGGAAGUAGCCUCAGGGGUCAACAACCCUAAAAUCAAGUACAAGAAGAAUGCUCGUCAUGGCCAUGGAAAAGACGUAGUUGACGAUAAUGAAAUUCGACAAGUAGCAGGAUGUUUGCCGAUCGAUCCUAUCAACAAACGUAUUCUUUUAAUUUCGUCAAGAAAGACAGAGAAUGCCUGGGUAAUUCCUAAAGGUGGCUGGGAAGAGGAUGAAACACAAGAACAUGCUGCGAUGAGAGAAACGUGGGAGGAAGCAGGUAUCAAGGGUGUUAUUGUGCGCCACUUGGGUGUAUUUGCAGAAAUGAAGAAAAAGAAGGCCAAGGCACAUCACUGGAUCUACGAACUACAUAUCCAAGAAGUUACAAAGAAGUUUCCCGAGAAGAAGAAGCGUGAGAGACGUUGGUUUAAUUACGAAGAGUCUUUGCUGGCUACAACAGCACACCCGUAUAUGCAGGCAGCCAUUCGUAUGUCAAGUCUUUCACCUGAUUAUGUGGCGCAAGAUAGAAAUGUCCAGCCACAAUCUGAACAACAACAGGCACAAGCACAGGCACAGGCACAGGCACAAGCACAGGCACAGCAAACACAGGGCCAGGGUCCGACACCCGAACAAUUGCAACAUCAACAACGGUUAUUAGAACAACAGCGGGAACAGUUACUAGAGCAACAGAAAUUACUAGAACAGCGACAGAGAGAGUUAUUAGAACAACAGCAACAACAUAAGCAGCAAGAGGAAGGCGCACCUCAAAGCUCACUUUCACAGUUAAAAAAGAUCUUUGGUUCCAAAAACUAA